AUAUAUAUUUGAUUUAAACGACCAAGUGCUAAACUACCCGUGGCCGAUCUCAGGCAGAUGUGUGCGAGAUCUUGAUUCUAUGGAUAUAUAAGAAAAGGGAAACGAUAUACAAGUCAGACGGGGAAUAUUUUGAUGUCAUGAUUCUGACACGACCGGACAGAAAUUGGUCAUGGGUUGUCAUGGUAGCAUCCUUCGUUAUACAUGGUCUGAAUGGCAGCAUACUCUAUGGAGCAGGCAUCAUUCAAAUCGCGCUCCUCGAAAGAUUCAACGAGAGUGUGUCGCUGACGUCAUGGGCUGGUGGGAUAUUCAUUUUCUUCAUGUCGUCUGCAGGUUUGUUUGGAAGCUGGAUUAUCAAUAGAUGGGGAUGUCGUACAUCAUUUCUCAUUGGAUCAUUGAUUAUGACAUUAGGGCUGAUUGCAAGUGUGUUUGUGACGUCUCUGGAACUCAUAUUUCUGGUAUAUGGCGUUGUUGGAGGUACCGGUUCUGGUAUAAUUUUCACUACAGGAGUCGUUGUUGUCGGACUUAAUUUCGAGAAAAAGCGAAGCUUAGCAACAGGAUUCGCGUCAUGUGGGGCAGGUGUCGGAGUUUUCAUCCUAUCACCAGUAAUCCAACUGGCCAAGGAAGAAUAUGGAAACCAAGGAUUUUUCUUUAUCAUGGCAGGAAUUGCUCUCAACAUGUUUGUAUUCGGAUCAUUGUGCUUCCCCUCUUAUCUCGAGUAUAAUCAAGAAGAAAUAAACUUGUCCGAUACAAAUCUGUCCGUUUCGUUACUAAGCUUAUCCACAAAGAAAGUCAUUCGGGAAAGAGUUCAAGUGUUUGCCAAUAUACCGUUUAUUUUGAUAUGUUUAAGUCUCUUUUCAAGUCACAUAGGCAUCUAUUUGAUGUAUGUGCAUCUACCAAACUUUUCAAUAUCUACGGGAACUCCAGCUUUCCAAGCUUCCUUUUUGAUGUCUGUUACUGGUAUAAUGAACUGUAUAUCCAGAUUUCUGAUAGGUCUUGUCGGCAAUUCAGAAAAUAUAUCUAAUUCAAUUUUAUAUUUCGGAACGUUCGCUUUACUAGGAUUAUCAACUAUGCUAUUUCCAUAUUAUGGUGCGAGCUAUACUGGACAAUCUAUCUAUGCUGCAUUUCUAGGAUCAUAUUCCGGAUGUUGUUAUGUUUUACUGAACACCAUUACACCAAACCUAGUUGGAGUGAACAAUUUAGCUACAGCUUUUGGAAUCGAGAUGGUAUUCACUGGAGUAGGGACACUUAUAGGACCACCACUAGCUGGAUUUAUACUGGAUUAUGGAGGCACGUACGAGGCGUCUUUUACCGUAGCAGGUUCAUCAGCAGUAAUAGCCGCUGUCUUAGGAUUAGCAUCGGAAGUGUUUCGAAAACUGAAUCAUACUGGUGACAAAAAUAUUAACCCAGAAACCGAUAAGCUUUUCAAAGAUCACAACAGUACCACAAAUGACAAUGUAACGGAAACGUGAAACUCUGACAACAACCAGAAACAACUCAGUAUGGCCCGAUUGUGUGGCAGUAUGUGCCAAUAGUACUUGAGUUGGCCAUAUCGCUGAGAUUGACAUUUGAGAUAAGGGCUUAAAAAUAAUCAAACGAAAGGCAAGUAUACAUUAUCAACAUUCACCUCCAAAUUGCUAAAUUUUAUUUGACAUAAAUUUCCUGGGGCGUAGUAACAGAUCAAUUUUGCGUAUGUCUUAUCAAAACUUUCAUCAUUGAAAAGAUGCAAAAUUUGAUCUUGACAUUUGAUCCAGUGACCGUGCCUUCUGAUAUCAUGAUCAUGACAUUUGGUCACUUGAAUUCUUGUUCAUUUCCGCUCUAAAAUAUUUACCAAUGAUAAUUAUUUGACCUUUGAUCCAGGAACCUUGCCCUUACGCCAGUCGACUCCUUACUUGAUUCUGACCAGUAUUGCUUCAUAAUGUCAUAAUGAAAUGUCCAUUGUGAAAAGAUACAAAAUUUGACCUUUACCUUAGACUCGAUGACCUUGAAGUCGGAAAUAUCACUCCUUUUUAUAUUCACCUUACUUUGCUUCAUACUACCUUACCAGAAGAAGUUUCGGCCUAUCACAAGGAGACUUAACAUGAACAUACCGCAGCCUCCCAAAACACGCAUACGCACUCACCACACGCAUGCAUGUUGCACGCACGGGAAGGCCGUCCUUAAAUGACCUUAGUUGUUAAUAGGACGUUUAAACAAAAUAAAACAACCAAAAAACUUACCAGAAGAUGUGAAUUUGACCUAAUCUUUGACCCAUUAACUUUGACCUUUGAUCCAUUGACAUUUUGAGAGUUGACUGCUUGUUUAAUUCCUACCAACAGUGCUGCAUGUCAUAACGAAAUGUUCAUCAAUGGAAAAAUAAAAAAAAUGACUUUGCAUCAAAUUACCUAGAAUAAUAACUUCGGUGAAUAUUUUUCCGAUCUGAACUAAUUUCAUGUGAAUCGGCCAAUGAGUACUGGAGUUUUCAGCCGGGGAACACAAUUUGUUGACUUUCAAAGUGUUUACCAUAUAAUCUCCCUAAUUACUAGUUGGCGAAAGGUAUUUAAGGCUGUCUGCAUAACUAUACUAUACCUGUAUAUUUACUCUACCAUAAAGAAUACUCUAAAAUAUGUCAUAUUCAUAUCACUUCUUUUUGUUAAUAAAAUACUAAAUAAAAAUCAUGUAUA